AUGCACGUGCCGAGCGGCGAGGACGAGGGCGGCGGCGGCGGCAGCGGCAGCAGCGGCGUGCGCGACGGACGGCGCAUGGCUCUUGAUGCCGCGGCGGGGGCCGCCGCCGGCUGCAUCAGCCGCGUCAUUGUCGCGCCCCUAGACCUGGUGAAAAUAAGGCUGCAGGUGCAGCUCGAGCCGGUGCUGGGCGGCAGCGGCAUUAGCAAGUACACAGGCUUCACGCACGCCAUCGCCACCGUUCUGCGGGAGGAGGGAGUCACGGGCCUGUGGCGCGGCACGGUCCCCGGCCUGCUGCUGACGGUGCCCUACACGGCUGUUCAGUUCGUGGCCUUGCAGCAGGUCAAGGACACGGCGGCCCGGCUGGGCUGGACCGCGCGCGACUCCCCGUGGGCGCCGGCCGUUUCGUUCGGCAGCGGCGCGGUGGCGGGCGCGGCUGCGACGGUGGCGUCCUACCCGUUUGACCUGCUGCGGACCACCCUGGCCGCGCAGGGGGAGCCCAAGGGGGCGCCCGCACGACACCAGCCACCCGCGCCCGUUGACCCCCUGUUUCGUACUGCGUGCGUCCAGGUGUACCGCACCAUGGGGGCGGCGGCGCGCGGCAUCGUGAAGGACCACGGCGUCAUCGGGCUGUACCGCGGCCUCGGGGUUACUUUGAUUGAAAUUGUGCCGUAUGCGGCGCUGCAGUUUGGGCUGUACGACGCCCUCAACACCGCCUGGAAGAACGCACGGGUCAAGGCGGCGCAGCAAAGCGGGCAGGGCGCCAGCAGCAAAGGCAGCAGUGGCGGCGGCGCGGCGCCGCCGCCUGACAAGGUGCAGGCGUUCACGUGCGGGCUGUUGGCCGGGCUGGUGGCCAAGCUGACCAGCCACCCCCUGGACGUGGCCAAGAAGCGGUACCAGGUGGCGGGCCUGCCGCGGUCGCUGCGCUACGGCGCGCGCGUGGAGCGCACCCUGGCCAUCCAGCCACUCUUCUCAUGCCUGGCGGAGAUCUACCAGCGGGAGGGCGUCGCCGGGCUCUGGAAGGGGUCUGUGCCCAGCAUCGUCAAGGCGGCACCGGCGGCGGCGCUGACGUUUUUGGCGUACGAGCAGAUCAUCGCCUGGAUGAUCGCCUCCGGCUGGGCGGGUGACGGCGGCACGGGGCAGCAGCAGGCGCAGGUGUCAGCGCAGGAGCAGGGGCAGAAGCAGCGGCAGAAACAGCGGUAG